UUGUUGCUGGUGCUCGUAGUGGUGGUGGUGUGUUCGGUGUUCCGACGGACGGAGUUUUGUGCCAGGCGGGCAAGGAGACAGACGAACGGACCGACCGACGAACAGGCAACAGAAGGCACUAGCAGCCAGACCAUCAGCCAGCCAGCCAGUCUGUCAGUUAGUCGGUCAGUGAGUGGGGCGAACAGUGGCAACCGAUUACGCACGUAGCAUCUCCACAGUGCAUAUGCUGUCCGGGUGGUCAGUUCUGUCGCAGAGUGCCAUGGCCUCGCAAUGAGCCAUCGAAGCCCUGCCCGCCUCCGAGAGGAACUUUACCAGCGGAUAGAUGAGGACCCACCCGUACAACACCAUGGUACGUCGUAUUGGACACCGUUACGAAGUCCUCUGUACUCUCACCGACAUUCCAACUCGGCUGGGAGCUCUGACGGCAGUGGGCCCAGACACCAUAGACGACACCAUCACCAUUCGUCCGGCUCGAGUCUAGAAAUGGAGCGCCAGGACAAUUUGUACGGUAUGUCUCAAUACGAGCAGAUAAGCGUAGACAGGACCGCCGGCGGAGUUCUGUACGAGGGUGCUCGACAAUCACCGGGCGGAGGACAUUCUCCGAUGCACGGUCAUCAUCUCCCUCAACAAUCACCCCACAAAGUCAAGGAACUGGAAGAGGCUCGCCAGCGAAUAGCGCAGAUGGAGAAGACCAUGAGGUGGUGGUCCGACUGUACCAACAAUUGGCGAGACAAGUGGAGUAAGGCCCGAGCCGAGAGGAACGAAGCAAAAGAAGAACUCCGCAAGCUUAAAUCGAAUUGCGAGCAACACGUCAAAGAGAUGGAAGCUUUGGUGUCCGAAAGGUCGACCUUGGAGCAGGAGAUCAUCAAUUUGCGAGCGGAAUUGAUGCGUCUGAAAGAGUCGUAUCGGGGAUCUUCGAGGCAGUCACCGUCUCAAACCGAAGCUACCGAAGAAAUACUCGACACGACUCGGAGCUCAAACAACAACAACACCAAUGCCUUGGUCGAAUCCCUCCAGCCUGACGACCAACAGGAGAAACUAAGGUUGGACGAAAGCGGAAGCGCCCUGGCGGACCUCAGCCUCACCGACAACCAAAUGCUCCAGAAUGAACCUGAACCCGAUGGAUUGCUUGACAAACCAGAUUCAGAUGCGUCGUUCGAUCUGGGACAUGGUGCUCUGAGUCACAUGAGGGAGAAAGACGUGCACAGUAGUCCUCAAGGGACAGGUAACGGUAGAGGAUCGCUAUCGUCGAACGAGAAAAGCUUUGCCGAAGAAUUGUUAGCGCUCAAUUCAAAUCCCGCAAACUCCGGUUGUGAUCAAGACGCGAAGAUUGCGUACCUGCAACUCCGAUUGCUAGACGCCUUGCGACAAUUGGGCAGCGAGAAGCAGGAGAAUGAACGCCUCAAUACGGAGCUCGCUGCGUUAGCAGCGGCUUCGCACGAGCCAGAUCUUAGCGUUUCCCAUCUUAGCUGUACGACUCAAGGAGAUCCUCUGACUGUAGGGAUCGAGGAGUUUGAAGCAGAAGAGAAGAUUCAAAUGUUGCAAGUCAAGCUUGAGAAACUUCAAGAGGAAAAUGCAGCAGAAUGGCAUAAAUGCGAACGUCUUGAGUCUGAAAAAAGUGCUCUCGAUCGGGAAAAUAAGCGGCUCAAGAUCCGUAUUCUGGAAUUGGAGGAGGUGGCCGCCAAUAACCACAAUCAAGCCCAUCCCAACUGCAAUACAGGUUCUUCAAGCUCGAGUGAAGGUAUCGGAUCCACUGGAACUUGUGGAACCGGGGAUCUUCCGGGUACAGCAAGCGGAGGCGCUGCGAGUUCGCACAGCGUCAACACGAAAGCCUACCACGAGCUUAAACAAGCACAUUCGAAACUCAAGAGAGUACUGCAGGAGAAAACAGUGGAACUCAGCCAUGCCUUGCGUCGUGCGGAGUCUUUUGAACAAGAAGUAAAGAAACUCCGAUCACGAAUCGAGGAACUCAAAACUCAGCUCGAUGCCGCUCAAGACGAGCUGGAUUUGACACAUGCGAAUGUCCGCAAAGUCUCGAAUCGUAACAAGGAACUGGAAGCAGUUGUCAGGGAUCUCCGCCAAGAAAACUCACAGUUAGAAUCCCAAAAUCGGCUGAGCCUCCAGAACCAUCACCAGAGAUCCAACUCGUUGCGAAUACCGAAAAGUCCAAAAAGCAAGCUCCCGAUUCCGCAACCCAAGGUAUGUGAGGCUCCUCCGAGCCUGAACUCGAGACCCAGGAGCCUGCCAAGACUGAACCAAACUUCGCAGCUCCUGAAACCAACCCCUUUGCCUCGGAAGGACCUCAAGAAGGAUAGUCCAAUGGCGUCUCGACGGAUACCGCUACGACGCAAUCGGACGGCGCCCGAAGAUCGGAACCCCGCGAUUUACCUCAGUGAUUCUGAUGCCGACUUCUUUUGA